AUGAAGCGCUCCUCCUCAUUCGCUGGAGAACAACAACAACAUCAUCAUCAACAACGAAGAAGAAGAAGAAGAAGAACGACGGAAAGGACGAGGAAGAUGGUACCACUGGCAGUGCGUCUCUCGUUUAGGAAGCGGAUACUUUUCGCGUUCGCGUUUGUCGCCUUUAUUUUCGGGACGAGCUUUGGCGGCGGCGGCGUUUCCGCCGCCGAAGUUGAUGACGACGGUAGCGCGAAAGCGUCGUCGCAGUGCGUCUCGAACGUGCCGAAGUGGCGGCAAACGAAUUUGUGCCAAAAGAAUUUGGUCAUCUUCGCGCACGAUACCGAGUUUUACGGCAGUUUGACCGUGAAGAAGAAAUUUUUCAUGACGCUGUUGGACGGCGAAGAAAUUGAAGUGGGGAGAAAGAUUGCAGAGCAGGAUGAAGAAAUGGACGAGCUCGUUGCUAAAAACAAGCUCCUGAUGGAGGAACUUGCUGCAGUGAAAAUGAUGUGUUUGGCAGUGAAGGCGAAACAAUCCGAAGUGUAUCAACCGCCGAGUCCGCCGCCGAAUCCGCCGCCGCCGAGUCCACCACCGUCGCCGAAUCCGCCCCCGAAUCCGCCAAUAUUUUUGACGAAUAUGCUCGAGGAUACGGGUGCGACGAUUUACGCGAGCGACGCAGUCGCCGGCGAUAGUUUUGGGAGGAGUGUAUCGCUUUACGGCGAUACUGCGUUAAUUGGAGCUUGGAAAGAUGACGACCAAGGUGGUGGAAGUGGUUCGGUGUAUGUGUUUAUGCGAUCGGGUGGAUCGUGGAACGAAGAAACGAAAAUAUAUCCAUUGGAUCCGUCUGCAUCGACGUAUUUCGGAACUUCCGUUUCGUUAUAUGUCGACACAGCUCUGAUUGGAAGGUCGUACGAUAAUGCUAAGGGUACCGAAGCCGGCGCGGUGUACUUCUUUACAAAAGUCAGUUCGACAUCAUGGACUCAAGAGACGAAAUUGUACGCGUCCGACGCAGCUACCUACGACCAUUUCGGUACGUCAGUCUCACUUCAUAAAGACACGGCGUUGAUUGGAGCGAUAUCGGACGAUGAUAAAGGCACCAACGCGGGAUCCGUUUACGUCUUUUCUCGAACGACGACGACGUGGACGCAACAGACAAAACUGUACGCGUCCAACCCAUCCACGUCUUCCUGGGGUAACUUUGGCAAUAGCGUUUCUUUGCACGGAGAUACCGCAAUGGUGGGGAGUUAUGAGGAUGAUCCAGAGUUGAAUGCAGGUGCAGUAUACGUGUUCGCGCGAUCACUCGCAUCGGACGGAGUUACCGUUUCUUGGACUGAAGAGACGAUGCUUUACGCUUCAGACGGGGCGACUGGUAACCAAUUCGGCAAGGCGAUAUCGUUACACGGCGAUACCGCUCUCAUUACUGUUAAUACCGGUGCGGUGUACAUUUUUACGCGAUCAUAUGGAUCGGAUGGAAUCAACACUGUUUCUUGGAAUGAAGAGACGAAGAUUGACGCGUCCGCUAAUGACGAUACCGGUACUUCGGUAUCGUUAUACGGCGAUACCGCUCUUAUUGGAGCUACUUCGAAUGACGAUAAAGCGACCAAUGCGGGCAAAGUGUACGUAUUCCGCUCACCGUUUCCUCCUCCGAGUCCGCCUCCGAGUCCGUCGCCGCCACCCGCUGCUGUUAUCGACAUCAACGGCAAAGAGUUGUUGCAAGACUCAACCGGGUGGAUUUUGUUACUCGCGUAUAAGCACGUCGGCGGCGAGAAUGAAGCGCUCGUAUCGGGAACGCCACCGAUGUCGCCGAACGAAGGGUAUUCGCACGCGUGGUUGAACGAUUUGUCGUUAACGGCAAACGACGUUGAUUCUGUUCGUUUUUUUUGCACGAGCUCGAAUCACAAUCGCGUCGUGCAUUUCUCGCUCACGAGCGAGUGGAUCAAGUCCGCAAUCGUGAGCGGUUCGACGUCUGGUAAUAUGGUAUCACACUGGACAGAAAAUGCGACGAGAAAACACGAUGGACACACGGGUUUUUUGCCAGACGAAAUCGAUUCUGUCGAUGAUGCGAAAGAUUUCACGGAAACUCCGUUUUAUAAAUCGGACGCGUAUUACUGGAGCAUCGGCGCCGGCGCGAGCGCGUCGCGGUGGGAAUGCGACGACGCUUCCUAUACAACCACGACCGCGUACUCGGCGACCACUUUACAUCAAAUUUGGUUCAGAAUACGUCACGCCAUCCCGGAUGACGCGAGCUUUUUUACUUUUGUGAGCGAGUGUUUAGCGGAAUCGCCGAUAGAUGGAGAGUGCGCGACGUGGGCGUCGACGAAAAAUUUCGGCACCAUGCGUUAUUGGAACACGAGUUUAGUUACGGAUAUGAGCGGCUACGACGGGACAGUCUACCGAGGAUUUGCAACUCAAACAUCGUUCAACGCGGACGUAUCGAGAUGGGACACUUCGGGAGUAACAAGCAUGGAGAACAUGUUUUACCAAGCUUCUUCUUUCGACCAAGACGUAUCUAAAUGGGACGUCUCAAAAGUUGCGAAUAUGCGUGGGAUGUUCAAUCAAGCUUCCGCGUUUAAUCAAAACCUCUGGAAUUGGGAUACUUCGCAAGUGACAAGUAUGUUUGGAAUGUUUGCACAAGCCGUCGCGUUUGAAAAGAAUAUAAAAAAGUGGGAAGCAUCAAAAGUGACGGAUACGGAACACAUGUUCAGCGACGCGACGGCGUUCUUGAAAAGAUUCGUGUGCGCGAGCGCAACUAAUGGACCUCCGAGUUCUUGCGUGCUCAUACCAGACCCGAUACCGAAUGCGAUGUGGUACAUUUUCAUCGCAGAAUGUUUAGCGGAGGAUGUCGCGGAAGUAACUGGCGAGUGCACGACGUGGUCAUUGGGAAAUAACUACGGGACGAUGCCAAACUGGGAUACGAGUUUAGUGACGGAUAUGAGCGGCUCGGAUGAUUAUUUCGGGUUCGGAAAGAAGUCUUCGUUUUCACGCUUCAACGGCGAUAUUUCUAAAUGGAACACUUCGCAAGUGACGAGCAUGCGCGCUAUGUUUUAUAAAGGGUUCGACUUUAAUCAAGACGUUGGAAGUUGGGACGUGUCGCAGGUCACGGACAUGUAUCAAAUGUUUCAUUCUGCCUCUGCGUUUAAUAAAAACAUCGCAAAUUGGGACGUUUCAGGAGUAACGAACAUGGCGAACAUGUUUUACGCUGCUUCUGCGUUUAAUCGAGACAUUUCUUCGUGGACGGGGACGGCGGCGACGACGACGCAAGAUGAUGUAUUCAACUCGGCGACUGCGUUUCAAGCCAGGUUUUCGUGCGCGUCGGCGACUGACGGUCCCGUAAACUCGUGCGUCGGGGGCGACCCAAUUCCGGACGCCAGUUGGCACGCGUUUGUCGUUCAGUGUCUAAGUGAGCACACUCACGGAGAUUGUAAAACGUGGGCUUCGAAGAACAAUUAUCGAACGAUGCCCAACUGGAACACGAGUUUGGUGACGGAUAUGAGCGGAUAUGGGACAACGUAUCAAGGCUUCGGGACGAGACACGACACCGGAAACAUACGAUAUUUCAACGGCGAUAUUUCCGAUUGGGACACUUCGCAAGUAACAAAUAUGUAA